AAAACCGUAAUUUUGCUUUCACAAGAAAUUCAGAGUUUUGUUGUUGGGCAUGAAGUAGCAAAACAACCUCAGAUCAUCACGUUACCACCAUCGUGUUUGRACGUYGGAUUUAUAUUAUUUUUCUGGAACUCGAUGCUCACCUGCCAGAAGGUUUCUGUUUCAUCUCAUCAGUCCACUGAAUAUUAUCUCAGCUGUUUGGUGACCAACCAGAUGCUUUUUGAUAAAUGUGAGACUGUCAAGUGGUUUUCAAUUUGUAACUCUUCCAUGGAUGCCAUUUUGGUUCAGUCUCAUUUUUAAAUGGGUAUUUUGUGAACUACUGGAUUAGUCGUUGGAGUAACUUUGACCUCCUGGAAAGGCUCACCAUUGUUUCAUGACAUCUUCAGUUGUGAAUGCUGGCUGUCUGUUCCAAGGUUUUUUUUGCCUUAGAAAUGGCUUUGUAACUCUKAUAUGAUGUGGUGAACUUUAUUUCACGUGUUUUUGAGUUUCAUUUGCUUGAGGAAAGAUUUGUUGCUUUUUGAGAGUUUCUACCCUACUUCAUGUUGUCAGACAUCUUCUGUUGAGUAAAUGCAUUGAUUCUGGGGUUCAGGCAUUGAUCAGGACUGCAUGUGUCUAGUGGAAAUUUUACUUCACAUUCCAAAAAUGUGAGUAAUUCMUAAUUUGGCAAGAGGGGAUAAUUACUUUUUUCACUUAGGACCAGGUUGAUUUGGAAAAUGUUUUUAUCUUAAUCAGUUAAAUAAUCAUUUCCGAAUUGCAUUUUGUAUUUACUCCAGUUAUACUUGUUCCAUACGACAAUUUGUUUGGUGGUCUAAGCAUUUAAAUAUGAUUGGAAAAAAGCAAAAACAGUACUGUGUCUAUUUUGAAAACUUUCCAGAGAUGUUACUUGACAAAAACAUCUCGAGUUGGUGUCUGUUCAACUAGUGUUGCACAAAAAAAUAUUACUUUAAGAAACUUUCACUUUACAGAGGAAUUGGAUAAAUGCCAAAACAGCUUGCCAUCUGAAAACUUUUCCUUUGCUGAGCAGAUGUUUCAUCUGCCGUGUCUGCAUGUUGCCACUGGUGGGAGCUGUGGAGUAAUAACCGCUCUUGCUCUUAUGGUUAUUCAGCAUGCUGCUCAAWAACCUGGAUAAUGAAUGAGAUGCAAAGUGAUCAUGUCAUUUAUUAUUAUCACGACGUUUUUCAACUUGAUUACAGAGAACAUUUMAAAACAUGAGUAGWUCUUUUAUUCUCGCUACAAGGACGCUCCUGUGAUUCUGUCUUGUCAAGAGAAUGUCGCAAGCAGAUUAAAAUGUAUUUUURUUUUAUUUCAUCUUGGACUGCUAAUUUUUCCAUUACACACCCGAAAUGAAUAAAGAAGACAUAACUUGGCUGUUCAGGAACACUGACCUCGGUAUUAAUACUCACCUCCACGACUGUUCGUGGGGUUUAUCUGAAUUUCACGAAAUCUGUGAGUGUUUCUGAAGAAACAAACUCAGUGUCUUUAAAGUAUAUGUGGCAAUAGAGGGAUUGUAACGACAAUGCUGUUGGGGCGGCAGAUCAGUUACUUCUGACGCUCCAAGCCCUCAGGGAGUUGGCUCAAGAUUGCUUGUCUUUGAUAAGGUCCUCUGCUGGAGCUGCAACUUCGCGAUCUGGGAAGAUAUUGUAAAAAGAGUUUACGCCUCGCUAAAUAACCCGAACCAUCUUUAAAGUGUCCCUCACAUCGCAUGAGUGAGAUAUACCUAAGAGUGUUGGAUGUUUGCUUUUGCUUUUUUUAUUCCGGAGGAAGAAAGCUGCGAUUGUUUUUUAUGCAGCUGCCAGGACCAGGCAGUCGGUUCCUCACUUUGAAGUGCGCUGCUCCAGCCUCUCGGUUCAGUUGGUGUUGGAGUCGCCUACAGGAGAGACCUACGGUGCGGCAUGGCAGCCUGAAAGCACCAGGGAGGAGGAAAGGAAGAAAGAGGGAAUAGAGAAAAACAUAUGUAUUUUUUUUUCCCUUUUUUACUGCACUUCUAUGCUCCUAACCGUGUUUGGACGCCAGCAAUGUGGAUUAUAAGCGCUUUUUAUGGAGUUUAAUUUGAGGGGGAAGCGAACUCGUGGAUCGAUGAGAGAAGACGGGCAGCCUGAGAGAAGCCCCCCCGCUGACACCAGAGAGUGAGGAGAUUACAGUAGGAGCUCAGAGGAGGCGAUCAGCGCUCUCUCUUGCUCUAUCUCCUGCUGCUUUCAGAGACAUGAGCCGGCCGCUUAUGGACCAUAUCGCCAGUAGUAGUUUCCGCGAAGAUGCCCCUCGACCCCCGGUGCCAGGGGAGGAGGGCGAUGCGCCCCGCUACCCCAGCAAAGCCGCAGUGAUGAAACCCCUCGAAGCCCCCAAAUCCGCUCUGCUCGCCGGCUCUCCGGGCUCCUCGGCGCGGAGGAACGAGGAUGGUCUCGGAGAGCCGGAGGGCAGCGCCUCGCCGGACUCGCCGCUGUCCCGCUGGACGAAGUCCCUGCACUCCCUGCUCGGAGACCAGGACGGCGCCGUUCUGUUCCGGACGUUCCUGGAGCGGGAGAAGAGCGCGGACGCCUUGGACUUCUGGUUCGCCUGCAACGGCUUCCGGCAGAUGGACCUGAAGGACACCAAAACGCAGCGGGUCGCCAAGGCGAUCUACAAGCGCUACAUCGAGAACAACAGCGUGGUGGCCAAGCAGYUGAAGCCGCCCACCAAAACCUUCAUUCGGGAUAACAUCAAGAGGCAGCACAUCGACUCUGCCAUGUUCGACCAGGCGCAGACGGAGAUCCAGACCGACAUGGAGGAGAACGCCUACCAGAUGUUCCUGACCUCUGACAUUUACCUAGAGUAUGUUCGGACCGGGGGGGAGAACCCGAGCCACGUCAGCACGUCUUUGGGCAGCCUGAAAGUUGUAUGUGGAUACCUGCCCACGCUCAACGAGGAAGAAGAGUGGAGCUGUGACUUCAGAGCCAAAGCCCUGCUGGGACUGAAGGGGCAAAGGGUCCCCAUUACGCAGAGAGCAGUGGAGAUGAUGGAGAAGGGGUACAGAUCCUACAAGAGAGGCGAGCAGAUCAACCCCUGCCAUGCAGGCGCCUUCGCCCCUGUCAGCAGCACCAACGACAGCGAGGUUUCCAGCGACGCCUUGACUGACGACGCCAUGUCUGUGACUGACGGCAGUGUAGAUGGCAUCCCUCCAUAUAAACUGGGCUCCAAGAAGCAGCUACAGAGGGAGAUGCAACGAAACAUGAGGAUGAACAGCCAAGUCUCUCUGCCUGCUUUCCCUCGUACGACCCGUCCUCCGAAGGAGAUGGUCCCCCUGGAGCCGGCGCAGUUCGCAGCCCAGCUGAUCUCUCGCCUGGAGAACUUGAAGAGGAAGCAGGACACCUUCAACUCUCUGGAGGAGCGGCUGCAGCAGAUUCAGGAGGAGGAGGAAAGAGAAGAUUCAGAGAUCUCUGUUAGCGCUCCGCAGCUCUCCCCGCAUCCUCUGGCCCUCCUGUCGGGCUCCUCUGACGAGGACCCCCAGGCCAUCCUGGAUGAGCACCUGUCUCGGGUCCUCAAGACCCCUGGCUGCCAGUCGCCCACCGUCGUCCAGCACUCGCCUCGCUCCAGCUCCCCGGAGAACCGGCCGUACGCCUGCGGAGGCAAACCCAGGGCCGGGUCGUCCACUUCUCCUGUGUCGAGUCCGGACUCGGGGGCCUUCGCUCUGAGCCUGGGCUCCAGCAGGACCCUGUUGAGCAGGCAGAGCACCAAGCACAUCCACCACCACUACAUCCAUCACCACGCCAGUCCAAAGUCCAAGGAGCAGAUUGAACGGGAGGCGGCCCUCCGGGUGCAGGGCGUCUGCUCUGCCGCCGGCCGCUGUCAGUCCUGCCAGGCUUACCCACGCAGCCGCAGUCUGGGCAGGGAGWCGUGUGGCGCCGUCUCCACCGAGAGCAACAUGGGGCGCUCCAGCUCCCUAUCGAGACGCGUGUGUCGCUCGGGGGCCGAGGAGGGGGUCGCAGACGGCUGCAUGGACGACUGCGGGAUCUCRCAGCUGCCCACAGACACAACCGACCCCACCGAGAACGUUCGCCAGUGGAUCAUGGAGAGCAAACGGCAGAGCCGACACAAGUCUCACAGUAACCAGGGCGCCAAGAAAUUCGGAGGCUCGUCAACGCAGACGCACACCUGGGGCGGCGGAGGAAGCUGCGGCCACCUGCGGAGUCACCAACCGGCUCAGCCCUUCAUCCAAGACCCCGCUAUGCCGCCCCUGCCCCCUCCCAACACCCUGUCCCAGCUGGAGGAGGCCUGUCGCAGACUGGAGGAGGUUUCCACCAAGACCCCCAAACAGAGGCAUUCUUUGGCCAACCUUCAACGAGAGAAGACCCACCAAGUCACAGUCCAUGCAGGGGGGUCAGCCCUCCCCAGUCCCGCCACUCUCGGCCCCCCUGGCCUCACCUCCACCUGCCCGGGUCUCCUCCAAUUAGAAGAAUGUAAGAAGGUCUUGGGCGGCCACGCGGCGUGCAGCGGGGAGACGGUGGUGACGUACUUCUUCUGCGGCGAGGAGAUCCCGUACCGCCGCACCAUGAAGAGCCACAGCCUCACCCUGGGUCACUUCAAGGAGCAGCUCCGUAAAAAGGGCAACUACAGGUACUACUUCAAAAAAGCCAGCGACGAGUUUGAGUGCGGCGCCGUGUUCGAGGAAGUGUCGGACGACGGCUCCUUGCUGCCCACGUACGAGGGGAAGAUCCUGGGGAAGGUGGAGCGGAUGGACUGACUCGGAACCACUGGGGAUUACUGACCCGUCACUAAGCUGAGACUGAAGGGACUGGAGGUUCRGUGACGGAAGCAGUGCUGGCGAAAGGCCAGAGAAGAAGACACGGAUGUUACGGGACGAUUGAAAGGACCCGGCUGGGAUGGAGGAGGAACCUGGACUGUGUGUUGCUGAAGUUUCUAGAGACUGGAGGAGAACGACCACUCGUCAGCGACGCGGGCCGGUGGGUUUACCGUGAGACUUGAGAGC